UGCGAAGCGCAGCACAGUCUCCCACCGCUCUGUCCUCUGCAACGCGACUGCUAGCUGAAGUUCUCUUUGCUCUCUGGUGUCUUUUUGGGUCGGUUGAAGGGCUUCGGAGCAGGAAGAAGAAAUUCCCGACACGCCACAAUGGCAGCAGUUAUCCUACGGUCCCUUUUGAACAAGAAGGUGCCCGUCCAGUUGGGUCGCGUGUGUUACUCAUCCUCGUCAGUGCCCACCACCAAGCUGUUCAUCGAUGGCAAGUUUGUUGACUCAAACAGCUCCGAAUGGCUCGACAUCCCCAACCCCGCCACUAAUGAGGUGGUAGGACGUGUUCCCAUAGCGACGCAGGGGGAGAUGCUGGCAGCGGUGGACUCGUGCUCCAGGGCCUAUCACUCCUGGUCCGAGACCUCCAUCCUCAGCAGGCAGCAGGUCUUCCUGCGCUACCAGCAGCUCAUCAAGGACAACAUUAAAGAACUGGCUAAAAUGAUCACCUUGGAGCAGGGCAAAACUCUCGCCGAUGCAGAGGGAGAUGUAUUCAGAGGACUUCAGGUGGUUGAGCACGCCUGCAGCAUCACCUCGCUCAUGCUGGGGGAGACCUUGCCCUCCAUCACCCGGGACAUGGACACGUACACCUACCGCCUGCCCAUCGGGGUGUGUGCUGGUAUCGCCCCGUUCAACUUCCCCGCCAUGAUUCCGCUGUGGAUGUUCCCCAUCGGCAUGGUGUGUGGCAACACCUACCUGAUGAAGCCCUCGGAGCGGGUCCCCGGGUGCACCAUGAUGCUGGCCAAACUGCUGCAGGACGCCGGAGCACCAGAUGGCACGCUCAACAUCAUUCACGGCCAGCACGCGGCGGUGAACUUCAUCUGCGACCACCCGGCCAUCAAAGCCAUCAGCUUUGUGGGAUCCAACCCGGCCGGAGAGCACAUCUACGAGCGGGGAUCCAAAAACGGCAAGAGGGUGCAGUCCAACAUGGGUGCCAAGAACCACGGCGUGGUGAUGCCCGAUGCCAACAAAGAGAACACCAUCAACCAGCUGGUGGGGGCCGCCUUUGGAGCCGCCGGCCAGCGCUGCAUGGCCCUCUCCACCGCCAUCUUCGUCGGGGAGUCCCGCCAAUGGGUCCCAGAGCUGGUGGAGCGCUCCAAGUCGCUGCGCGUCAACGCAGGUGAUCAGCCCGGGGCAGAUGUGGGUCCCCUGAUCUCUCCCCAGGCGAAGGCCCGGGUGGAGUCUUUGAUCCAGAGUGGGGUGGACGAGGGGGCCAAUAUUCUCCUGGAUGGGAGAAAGGUCAACGUCAAAGGAUACGAAAAUGGAAACUUUGUAGGACCGACCAUACUGAGCGGUGUCAAGCCGAGCAUGAAGUGUUACAAGGAGGAGAUCUUUGGACCAGUGCUCGUCAUCCUGGAGGCUGAGAAUCUCGACGAAGCGAUUUCUCUAAUCAACAAUAACCCCUACGGCAACGGCACCGCCAUCUUCACCACCAACGGGGCCACGGCGCGCAAGUACACGCACGAGGUGGACGUUGGCCAGAUUGGCGUGAACGUGCCCAUCCCCGUCCCCCUCCCAAUGUUCUCCUUCACUGGCUCCAGAGGCUCAUUCAGAGGCGACACCAACUUCUACGGCAAGCAGGGCAUCCAGUUCUACACUCAGAUCAAGACUGUGACUUCCCAGUGGAAGGCUGAGGACGCCACUCUCACCAGCCCAGCCGUCACCAUGCCAACCAUGGGACGCUAAAGCGACAGCACUUCCAGCAGAACCUCGGGAGACAUCUCGUACGCCUUUUUAAGAUUAAGCCCAAGGAGGGAAAUGGGGGAGGAGGAGGAGUUCCAUGUCCUGUUUUGAGAUGUUUUCACACUGGGGAUUUAUUAGCUGGUGUUUUUUUUUGUGUGUGUUUUUUUUUUUAAACAUCAUCCAUCCAUAACAAUGUUGUUGCACAAACAAAUGCAAAUUACUC